AUGGCUGAAGAUGAUUCUAACUGGAGUCUCCCGCUUGGGCAAGAUAUCAUCAUCCCCAUUACAUGCCAUUGCCUUGGGGGGUUCUCUAAGUUUAUUUUCAUGUAUAAUAUGUCCAAACAAGAUUCUUUUGCAUCUGUUUCCUGCAAAGUUUUUGAAGGUUUGGUGAAAGUGCAAAGUCUGAUUGAGGAGAAUGCAGAUUUCGAUGGCCAUGAUGUCCCUGUUGGUUCUCUGAUCAAUGUACCAAUUCGAUGCGCUUGUCCUGGUUCGCCUCAGAGAAGAAACGGAGUGAAAUAUCUUGUGACAUACCCCAUUUUGGAGAAGGAUAUCAUGGAAGGCAUCGCUAGUAAAUUUGGAUUACCCGAAAAAGACAUCAGGGAUGCAAAUAAUCUAAGACAAUAUGAAGCAAUUUUUCCUCUAACAACUUUGCUUGUUCCCGCAAAGGAUGUCCCGGAAGUGAGGUGGCAUGCUGGUUCUCUUCCAGGAAGCUCACCUGCUCCUAGAGCACUGAUUCCCCUGGAAAAAGUUGUACCUGGUACCAAAUCAACAAAAUGGAAUUUACAUGUAUUUCUUGGCGUAGGUGUUUCUGUGGCAGUUGUUAUGACGAUGGUAGCUUGUGGGUUUCUUAUAUGCAUUCGAAGAAGGUAUCAUCCUAGGAGGUUCCAACCUUUUACUCCUAGAAGUUCAGUGUCAUCGAAUGUCUCACCUGAUUUUCUUGAUGGAAUGUCCAAGUUAAAGCAAUCACUGAUUAAUUUCAGCUUGGAGGAGCUAAGGAUUGCGACAGAAGAUUUCAAUGAGGCUUCUAAGAUCGGUGUGGAAGUGUAUGGAGGUAGAAUUGGAGGAAUAUGCAAUGGUUCUAAUCCUUAUCUUGUAUACGAAUUCGCUGAGAAUGGCUGCUUAAGGGACUGCUUGUCAAAUAAGAAAUUGGAUAGGCAGGUUACAUGGUUAAGAAGGAUGCAGAUUGCUUUUGAUGUAGCAGGUGCCCUUCACUACUUACACUUCUGCACAGCACAAGCCUUUGUUCAUCAAAAUAUAAACGCUAGAAAUAUGCUUAUAACUGCCAAUUGGAGAGCCAAGAUCGCUGGGUUUAGACUUGCAAAACCUGUCAUUUCUGACGAAGAAAAGGAAGACAUUGUCUGGAAUAAACAUAUAACUCCAGGCAGAGAGGCCCAUUGGACACCUGAAUACCUUACUAAUGGAAAAGAUUUGUCUAGGGAUGGGAAAAUCUUGAAGGAUUCAGUCCGUUUUUUAUUUGAUGGAGCGUUUGAAGAUUCUUCUCAUUGCUUGGAAAAGUUGAAGGAAUUCAUGGAUCCUGUUUUGGGAGGAGAUUAUUCAUUGGGUGAUGCUAUGUGCUUGGCAUUCCUGGCUAAGGGUUGCAUGGAGGAGGAUCCUCAUCAUCUACGCCACCAUGAAUCACGUUUUGAAAGCUCUUUCAAGAAUCGCAUAUUGUACACGAGAAGUCAUGGUUUCUAUUCCCCAAUUAUCGAGCAUCAUAUGCAUAAUGUUCUUGGUCCUAUUACUGAAUGUGACAGCUUGAUUUCUGCUCUUUGGAUGAUAUAA